AUGCUUGUAUUGUCGGACGAAACGUCACCAAGGUUGAAAAGGUCGCGGCUGAGAUCGCGGCUGCCAGGGUCCAGCAGCGUGGUUCUCGGCAUUGGAGAUGUAGAAGUGCGUGAUCCCGAGAAGGUGAAUGCGGCGGUCGAACAGUGCGUCGGGGAGCUGGGUGGCAUUGACUACCUGAUGGUUGCCCAGGCCCACGCGUGCGCUGCAAAGGCUGGCGUCAAUGCCCUUUCUAAUAUCUUAUCUCUGGAAUCCCGACCCCUUGGAAUGACUUCCAACAUUAUCGCACCCGGGCUAAUCGACGGGACAGAAGGUUUGCAGCGCCUGUCUUCGCCCACAUCACGCGAAGCAGCCGUCCGUGCUGUUCCUCUGCAACGCUUCGGCCUCGUCAAGGAUGUUGCUGAUGCGACUGCUUUCCUCUUUGGGGAUACUGGAAAUUUCGUCAAUGGCACGUGUCUGGACGUUGACGGAGGAGCAUGGCGUGUGCAAGGAGCGCAGAUGGGCGGCCGUCCUUACCCGGAUUCCUUGCAACCCUCCAUAGAAACAACUCUGAAGUCGUCGAGCAGACUCUAG